CACGAAAGUUUAAAGGUGAAAAAGAAUCUAAAGUGAUCGACUUCACAAGUGGGGAAUUAGAAUAUAAAAAACUUGUUUCUGUAUUAGCAUUUUAGUUUCACUUAUUCAAAGACUGCCUGGAAAUUAUUUUAUCGUGUUGAUGCCGUUUUUAUACUGUUAGUGAAUAGAUAAAAUCAAUUCAAUAUGGCUGACCAACAGCUGGAGGAAUUGUUCACAGAUUCUGAAGAUGAGUUGCCAACAGGUUGGGAAAUGAGAGUGACAGAUGCUGGGAGAGUUUUUUAUGUCGAUCAUUCAAGUAAACAAACACAGUGGCAACAUCCGAAAACUGGUACCGAGAAAUAUUUAUCAACAGUGUUACCUUUUGGUUGGGAAAAAGCAACAGAUGAAGAAGGCCAGACACUGUUUUUAGAUCGCGUGAAUAAAAAGAAUACGUAUGUUGAUCCACGUAUUGCAUAUGCUAUGUCAGACAAGAAAAAGGCGAUGUUGAAGUUUGAUGCGGACAGUUCAGCUAUGACCGUCAUGAGAGGACAGGACAUGCGAGGGAAAACAGCUCUAAUAACUGGUGCGAACUCUGGCAUAGGAUACGAAACUGCUCUAGCGUUGUCAUUACAUGGUUGUCACGUGGUAUUGGCUUGCCGUGAUUUGAAAAAAGCAAAAAAAGCAGCUGACGUCAUCAGAGUGAAACAGAGCUUGCCUGUGCCAGUGGAUGUUCUGGAGUGUGAUCUGGCGUCGCUUGACAGUGUGAAAAAGUGUGCAGAGUGCUUUCUACAAUUAAAAUGUCCACUUGACAUUUUGGUUUGUAAUGCUGGUGUGAUGGGACUCGCUUACUCACAAACAGUCGAUGGCAUCGAGACAACAUUUGCAACGAACCAUCUUGGUCAUUUCUACUUGACAGAUCUGUUAAAAGAUGUUCUCAUUGAAUCAGCACCCUCGCGUGUUGUUGUGGUGUCAUCAGAAUCUCACAGGUAUCCAUCUUUAUACGACAACGCGUUUGAUGUUCCUAACCUACCAAUGAAAAAGUCGGAAUAUUGGUCGAUUGUUGCAUACAACCAAUCAAAAUUGUGCAAUUUGUUGUUUACAUUCGAACUGAACCGUCGACUCUCCCCGUAUGGUGUGUUCUGCAACGCGGUGCAUCCUGGGAAUUUAGUCUAUACACAACUUGCACGCCAUUCGUAUUUUUGUAAGGUGCUGUUUACACUAUGCAGACCGUUCAGUAAAUCGCAGGCCCAAGGUGCUGCAACCACUGUAUAUUGCGCCGCCUCACCACAGUUGGAAAAUGUCGGGGGCUAUUAUUUCAAUAACUGUUGUGGAUGUCAUCCGUCCAGUUUAGCCAACGAUGAAGAGCUAGCGAAAAGACUAUGGGACUUUAGUGAAAAAUUAGCUUAUAGGAAAGUGGAUAGUGAAGGAAAAAUUCUUGGUGUCAGAUAAAACGCUGUUUUGACUAUCACCUCUAAAUUGUAUCCUGUUAAUUUCUAUUGUUACGUGUAGUUUUACUGAAAAUUCAGUUGUAUAUACUUGUAAAUAUUUUCUAAAUCUACUUAUUAUUUUAAUAAAUAUUUCAAUUUAUAUA